AUGUUAGAGGAGAGUGCUUCUGAUGAAAUUAUGCUUGUUGAAGAGAAAAUUUCCUCACAAAAGAGAGCAAUCAUAUGGGAUCAAUAUCAAAUCCUUAAAGAUAGGGAAAAGGCUGCUUGCAAUCAUUGCAAGAAAAAAGAACAAUUGGUAAAGGAAAUAAUAUCUAAAAAUAAAAGUCAGAUUAAUUUUUCAUCUGACAUUUGGACUAGCCCAACACAGUUUCCUACAUCCAACCAAUUGGAUUGUGAAAUAAGGUGGAAUAGCACCUAUCAAAUGAUUGAAAGGGGCUUGUUGUUAAAGCCUGCUAUAACAAAAUUAGUUAAUGAAGUAAUAACUAACAUUAAAAUUCUUCAAGAAAAACAAAUAUCAGAGGAAGAAUGGGAGGAUCUUAUAAAAAUUAAAGCUAUACUAUUGCCUUUAUAUGAAACUAAAAAUAUGGUAUGUGGGGAGAAUUAUCCUACUUAUAAUUUGUUUCAAAUAGCAUGUGAUAAAUUGUUGGGCUAUUAUAAUUUAAUUGCCGAUGAUGCAAUAAUAACCACAAUAUUAGAUCCCAAUCUUAAAGUAGAAUAUUUUAAAUCAAUAUCUGUUGAAUAUGAUAUUGAUAUAUCCAAGUUAAUGGACAAAUUUAAAGAGAUUUACAAUAGAUAUACAGCUCAUAAUUAUAACUGUCAAACAAAUAAGGAUAAAAUUCAACAAAACAGACUAGACAUUGUUUUUAAACAAAAUAAUAUUCAACUGUGUGAAAUAGAUUUUUAUCUGAGUGAACCAAGAGCAAAGAGUGAUACUGACCCGUUAAUGUGGUGGAAGGCAAAUGCAUAUGGGAUCCCCAUACUCUCGAAAAUGGCAAGGGAUUAUCUAUCUAUACAAGGAACAUCAACUGCUUGUGAAAGGCUUUUCUCAGUUGGAACUAAUUUAUUGUCAAAAAACCGCAUGUCACAUAAGGAAGAAAAUAUAAGAAAAACUCUUUGCCUUAAAAAUUGGCUUAAAUUAUAA